UACUCGUCACAAGUUAUCUCAAACCUGAUGAAACAAAAUUUCAUGAAGUCAUUACUCAAUCAGUUAACUUUGUGACAUGUGACGUCCCAUGAUCGAUAUAAUGGCUAUUAUAUCAUCAUAUCGAUAUACCAAUAGCUUAACGACCAAAAUGAUAAACGAGUUAAAAUGGCGUAGUGUCAAUAUUUUCUGAAAAUUAAUUGCCAGUUAAUGUCCGUAAAAGGCCUCCAUCACACGGUAAAUCAAAUUUCUAUCUAAGUCCAAAUGGGUAAAACAUCUUCUUCACGAGCAAAUUGUUUAACAACUACCUACCUAAUGGCGGUUUCCUAAAAGCUUUGUACAAUUUUCGCUAAACAAUGAAUUGUUUCUGAAUUAACAUUUCCAAUGUAACAUUUAUGAGCCUUAUUCAUAGAUAGCCGGUAUUACUAUUUCAUUCAUGGGACUUAAAAUAGAUUCACGCAUAUCAAAGCUAACUUUACUGGGUAUGAGGUGCUUUCCCGUCUAUCUGUUUCCGAAACUGACGUACACAGCGGCGCUCAAUCGAUACGCAACGCACACAGACAACUGGCCGGGGUCCCUUUGCGCAUGCCCGCUGGCUUGUACUAUGAAACACUGUCACAAAACAACAUGGCAAGGGUCUAUUUUCCCUCUGAGCAUACAAGCAGUGUGUACUACCGUAAACUAAAAUCUUAUUCAGUUCAGUGGUACGAGGUUGGAAGCCCCGUCGCUUCGUUUCACGACUUUCCCAGUAAACAUCACAUCAGCUGGUCGACUACGCAGUCUCAAAUGCUCUCGAGAUAUGGCUCAUAAUUUUUCAAUAUUUCGGUCUAAGUCAUCGGAAUCGAAAAGCAAAAUAGCUGGUAAUGUCGGUUCUUAGCGCUGGGAUGUCGUGCCCGUACCCACCUGCAGUGCUACUGCAUAGACUUAAGCCGUCAGGUCGUUAACUUAGUGCUUAGUGCAGUUGUGAAGAUAUGCGUUUAUUGUCAAAUGUGUUCCACUUACAAGACAGAUGAGUGCACUCCUAAACUCUCUGAGGAGCUUGGCAGGUGCAUCGAAGCCCGGCUCAGCGGGCGAGAGUGGCGCUCGUUUCGGCGUGACCCCCGGCGGGGGCGAGGGCCCGGGCGAGGGCGGGUAUGCGGAGUGGCUGCAUGCGAUGCGCCUGGUCGCGCGUCUCCCAGCCGGCGUACCCCAACACUUCCGCAGAAAGCUAUGGCUGACACUGGCGGAGCGUCACUUAACGGCGAGGAAUAUAGACUGGCCGUCAGCGGAGCGCGCCUGUUUCCGCGGCACCGCGCAGCCCGAUGACACCGAGCUUGGCGCGCAAAUACUGAAGGAUUUACAUCGUACUGGAUGUUCUCUAUUCUGCGGAGCAGAAGGUCGGGAAAAUCAGGCGAUGCUUCGCAGAGUCCUGUUGGCAUAUGCAAGAUGGAACAAAGAUGUCGGUUACUGUCAAGGUUUCAAUAUGUUAGCUGCAAUCAUAUUAGAAGUUAUGGACAAGUCGGAAUCAGAUUCGCUAAAGGUAAUGAUAUACCUAGUGGAGGCGGUAUUGCCCGAGGGCUACUUCGCAGAUGAUCUUCGAGGAUUGUCUGCGGACAUGGCAGCGUUUAGAGACCUCCUCCGAUUACGCCUACCCCGCCUCGCCCAACACAUGGAUCACUUACAAAGGAUAUCUGAUGGUGGUGGUGUGGAACCUCCUUUGCCUGACGUGUUUACUAUGCAAUGGUUCCUCACAUUGUACGCGACGUGGUUACCGAGGGAGUUCUUGUUGAGGAUAUGGGACCUUGUUCUUUUGGAUGGGAAUGAAGUGUUACUUCUCACUGCGCUAGCUAUAUGGGAUAUGCUGCAAGACCGUAUCCUAUCAGCUCGUUCAGCGGACGAGUUCUACAGCUGCAUGGGAGGCGGCGCUGGUGCAGUGUGGGAAGCUGGUGACGCUCUCGUGGCGAGGGUCGUGGCAUUCGGCUCGGCUCCCGAGCUGCCCCGACUGCGAAGUCUGCACAGAUACCGUGUAGCACCACCAGCGCCGCCCACUUCGGCCCCCAUAUAUCACCCACCUUUACAUUCUGCUAUGCAGUCGAUGACGAAACGUGGGCUUCGACUGUUUUAUUCAGAAGAUGAAGGUGAUUCUAGUGAUGAUGGCAACAAAAUGGCAUUAGCUACGUUCGUGCCUCGACGAGAAGACCGCAUAGCAGCUGGGGAUAGACUGUCGUUAGAUAUUGGGGCCUUGAAACGUCAAUACGCGCGUCUGCGAGAAAGGCAGAGACAAGCUCAUGUUAUCUUAGCAGCAGCUUGUGCUCGCCAUGCAGCAGUCGGCGUACCUACCUCACCAACAUCACUUACGGUGAACAAUCUACUCUUGGGCAAGAGCGCUCUCGUGAGUUCCAGAGGACGAAGACUUGGUCCACCUCCUGGAGCGGUACCACCAUCACGACAAACAUCAACUUUAGAUAAAUCUGACCAUCGAUCACGAGGUCAUUCGAAUGAAACUAUUAGUUGGAAUGAAGAAAAAAGCCGAAAGACCCUCAGCAGACGCAAUUCUGUUAAAUGGAAAGAUAUUAAAAAGGAUAAAACUAAACAAAAAGAAAGAAAAGCGUCCAUUGAUUUAGAUGAGGCUGGCGACGGAAUUAUUGUUUCUGAAUUGGAAGCCAAUCAAAUGAUUGCUACCGUGAGAUCUCGUAGUUCAAGCGAAACCUCUUCUUACUCUUCACACAGUGCUUCUAGUACAGACACAAGUCUUUGUGAUGAAAAUGAACGAGGAAGUGAUUCCGAACCUGAAAUUCCAGAUGACAAGGAAAAGCACCUUGUUAAUAUUAAGAAUAAGAAUAUUUCCUCCUCCCCAACUCUUAAACAAAUCAAAAGCACCCAUUCUCUAAACAAAAAAGACAAUGCUUUAGUACGUUCGCCUGAAAUUCAGGCAAAAGUAAAUUCCGUUGAUAAGCCAAUCAAGGAUAUUUCAGAAUAUUUAGAUUCUGCCGCUGGCGAACCACUGCGUACUUACAUCGAUGGCUUUGAAAGUAAAUUAAAAGAUAGCCUAAAUGUUAGUACGGAGCUUACGGUUUUCAAUCCUACUAGUAUAUCACCCUGCUCACCACGAAUGACAUCUGAAAGAAAUGAAGUAUUGCAAAGACUUAAUAGAUCAAAAUAUGAAGAAAAUUCAACGAGCAGAGAAAUAACAAGGCCUACGAGUUUUUCAAAAUCACCUAAUGUCUUUACUGAACUGAGUCCUAUUGAUCUUUCUCCUUGUAAUUGUGGCAUAGGUCAUAAACCUCCUUAUGACUACGAUUUUGAAACAAAUUUCAAACGGCCGGCUGUAGAUGAACCUAUAUCUAGACCCCCAGAUAUUAUAGACAGCUUCACGAUGUAUGCUAACUUUGUGCCUGACAUAGAUUUAUCUGAUAAAAAUAUCUCCGAUAUCGAAAGUCUACCGGGAAGUCCUGGAGCUGAAAGUAUUAUAGUGAGUGAAGACGAACCACCAAUACCUUUAAAAAUUGAUAAAUACUUUGAGCAUAGCCCGGAAUUCUUUGGAGCACGAGUCACAGACCCAAAUAGUGUAGAUAUUCCAAAUCGGCGCUCCACUAAAAGACUUUCCCGGCUGCCAAAAAAACCUGACUCUUUGACUUUACAAAGUAGCCAUAAUGAGAAACUUAUUAAGGAGGAAGCAGAAAGAGCAUCAUCAUUACCACAAAGUCAUAGUUUUGCUAAGAAAAUAUCUGAUUCAGACUUAAGAGAAACAAGUGAUCUGUUUAGUGCGGCAAAACGAGAAACUCCGGAGAUAACCAAAGAACAAAAAGAUAUAUUUUCCCCCAAAGAUUACAUUUUGCAAACUGGGAGGAAAAAUAGUGAACGGGCACUACAAAUAAUUCAAGAGAACUCAAAAAUUUUGAGCAGGAUAUUAACAAAACAAAAUAUUACUGAAGCGAAGAGCCCUACUAGCAAAUAUCAAAUAACAAAAAGUGAUGAAAAUGUUCUCGAUAAACAACGAAAUAUUUACUCUAAAAUCGCUCCAGAAAAAACUGCUGAGAGUAAGCUUAUUGAUUCACCUUUACUAAAAGAAUCUACCUCGGAUUCAUUAAUAGGCUAUAGAAAAAGAAAUGUCAAUGAUGGAGCAACUGAAACUGAUUUUGUGAGAAUACGACCUAUUUCUAUAGAUGAUCCUUUUUCAUUAGAAGUGCGGGGUUCAUCCACCAGGGAAGAAGAGUUUUCUAUAAAAAACACAAAAAGUCCAAGUAGUGAAUGUUUAGGUAAUAAGACCGAUUUAUAUGGAUGGGAAAAUAAGGGGUUCUUAGCAAAAAGCUUUUUGGAGAAAACUGAUAAUUUUGAUUAUGAUUACAAAAGAAAAGCCAGUGAUCUUUCUAGUUACGGUGACGCAUCAAAUAAAGACCUCAAGCCUAUUACAUCUUCUGAAUGGACUCGCCAUUCAUUUUCAGGUGAGUCCAAACCAUCAGUUACUUUGCCAUCUACGGAGCCGAAAGAUACCUCAACGUAUGAUAAACGUUACACUUCAGAUGAUUACAAUUACCCAUUUUCAAGUAAAUAUAACGACUUCGUGUUGUCUAAAGCAAGUGAUAUUUGUAGCAAAACGGUCAACCAAGGACCCAAAGUUUGCGAAAAUAUAUCUAAGACUGAUACCAGCCAAGUUAGUGACUUUGCUCAUGUUGUGACUUCCUCUAUUAGUUUCACGUAUGAACCUUCAGUAGAAGACGACUCACCUACGGGAGCGAAAAGCAAUUCAAGUGAUACUUUGUGUCAAAUCACGUCGUUAGAUCAAGUGUCUACGCCAAUAUCGCCUAAGAUGUUUCCUCGAGAUACUCCCACUAUUCCGAAAGACUACACAGAAAAAAGUGAUAGAACCAAAGUAGAGUCAGACGAUACUUGCAGUGCUAUCACUUCGCUGAUCGAGACGGACACUCUGUCGUCGCUGUCGUACCCCCGCAGUCCGUCGACGGGGUCCUACCACCCCUUUCCCACGCGCCCAGUGCUCCGCAUGCCUAAAGAGUUAGGAGUGCGAUUGGGCAUGUACCCUAAAGAUGUGAUCAAUUCCCCAUCAAAAUAAGAAUAAACUUAUAGGUUACCAAUAGCAAACGACACUAUUUCUAAGGUUUUUUGAGGCUUAAACAUACAAGAUCAAGUUUAUUAUCAACUUUUUUUAGGUUUUUUUUCUCCUUUCAUCAAAGUAAGAUAAAAAUCCAUCACAAACUUUUAGAAUUCUAUUGUUUUAAUUUAGUUUUAUGAUUUACAUAUUAUGUUAUUAAAUUAUAUAUAUUUUGAAUGUAAAACUUAUCUUCUGCUAGAUAUUAUAUUUAAGUAUUUGUUUUGUUUUAAAGCUUGGAAGCUAAAAUGUUGCUCUAUUAAUAUUACAGUUUAGAAAUAUUAUACGUACAUUUGAAAUACAAAAUGUUUCACUAAAUAUAAAGCGCUUGCGGGAAGUUUACAAAUUAAUAUUGUUAUGUAAUGUGAAACUUUGGUAUUUCAAAUAGUAAUUUGAGCUAGUAACAAAACAAACACGUUGCCUUGAAUCCAAUUUAAAUGUUAUGCGUAAUAAAUAAUAAUCCUUCGCAAUAUUAAAAUAUUUGUACAAUAAUAAGGUAGAUAGAUUACUGUUUGAAGUCAAUAUAAUUUACGGCAAUUACUUAUUUGUACUGCUAUAGAAUAAUAUGCAAAGUGAAGAAGAUUAUGUUGUUAGAAGACAAUAUUUUAUUCUACAACAGUAUUGAGAAAAUAUACAUAAUGCGACAGA